UCUUACCAACUCUCUUCUAGAAACAUUUUAAGGCUUUGCUCACCUUCCUCCAACCUCUCUCUCUCUUGAACAUCAUCUCUCCAUAUAACCCUAGUUUCAUCGUCACAGGAACCAGAAGAAGAAGAAGAAGAAGAUGGGGAGGUCUCCUUGCUGCGAGAAGGACCACACGAACAAAGGAGCUUGGACUAAAGAAGAAGACGAUAAGCUCGUCUCUUACAUCAAAUCUCACGGCGAAGGCUGUUGGCGCUCUCUUCCGAGAUCCGCCGGUCUUCUCCGCUGCGGCAAAAGCUGCCGUCUUCGUUGGAUUAACUAUCUCCGGCCUGAUCUCAAGAGGGGUAACUUCACCCUCGAAGAAGACGAUGUCAUCAUCAAACUCCAUAGCCUCCUCGGAAACAAAUGGUCUCUUAUAGCGACGAGAUUACCGGGGAGAACAGAUAACGAGAUCAAGAACUACUGGAAUACACACGUAAAGAGGAAGCUUUUGAGAGGAGGGAUUGAUCCCACGACUCAUCGGCCGAUCAACGAAGCCAAAGCUCCUUGUGAUUCGUCUGAGACAAGAGAGACAGAGGACUCGCUUGUGAAGUUUCUAUCUUUCAGUCGUCAACUGGAGAAAAAGGAAAGUUUUGGGGAAGAGAGAAAUGAUCAGAAAGGACUGAUUUGCAAAAAAGAGAGAGUUGAGUAUUCGAUUGUUGAAGAAAAGUGCUUAGAUUUGAAUCUUGAGCUUAGAAUCAGCCCGCCAUGGCAAGACCAACAGCACCAUGAUGAGACCAAACUUUGGUUUGGGAGAGAGAAGUACAUGUGCACUGCAUGCCGUUUUGGGUUGGGAAACGGCAAGAAGUGUAGCUGCGAUAAUGUUAAAUGUCAAGUCGAGUACAGUAGUAGCAGCAGCAGCCAUUCUUCAAGCGAUAUUAGUAGUAGCGUUAUUGGUUAUGACUUCUUGGGUUUAAAGUUAAACACUAGCGUUUUGGAUUUUAGUACUUCGGAAAUGAACUGAAAUGUAAUGAAAAAUAUCAAGAAAUUUAUUGAAAGCUGUGAUAUUAACAAUUUUAACAUAUU